GUGCAGCAGAGGAAGCACUUGGUGGAAAGUCGUCGUGUAGCGAUCGAUUGCUACUGUCUGAUCUCUCUGACGUAAAGAUGGAUGCCAGCCGAAAUAGGUUAUAAACGUGGGAAGUAACUCCCUGGCAGUGUUCAACGUGCAGUUCCCCUGUUUUGGCCAAUGCUUGCUGCGCUACAGCAUGACCACAGAAGUGUCGGCUCAUCUGGUAGUUCUGGCAAAUGAAAAUGGAGGAGGUUUCAAUGUCCAGCCUGGACAACAGCAAGCUGGAGGGCUUAGCUCAGGACAUCCUGUCUGACCUGGUGGAGGAUGCAUGCCUGGGUCUUUGCUUCGAGGUCCACCGGGCCGUCAAGCAGGGCUAUUUUUUCCUGGAUGACACGGACCAAGAAAGCAUGAGGGACUUUGAAAUUGUGGACCAGCCGGGAUUAGACGUGUUUGGCCAGGUGUACAACCAGUGGAAAAACAAAGAGUGUGUAUGUCCUAACUGCAGCCGAAGCAUCGCUGCAUCACGCUUCGCACCACACCUGGAGAAAUGCCUGGGGAUGGGACGUAACAGCAGCCGCAUAGCCAACCGCAGAAUAGUCACUGGUAACAACACAAACAACAAAUCGGAGAGUGACCAAGAGGAUAAUGAUGAUGUCAAUGAUAAUGACUGGUCUUAUGGGGCAGAAAAGAAAGCCAAGAAAAGGAAAUCUGAUAAGAAUCCAAACUCACCCAGAAGAUCCAAAUCAUUCAAGCAUAAGAGCAGCAUGAUGGGUCCUAGGCGUCGUAUGGACAACCAGGAGAGCCCACGUAUGCUGAUGAAAGAUGAGGCAUUCCCUCAAUAAUACACUCAGCCACAAAUACACAUUCAAUAUGUGUGUGUGUGCGUACACACGGACGCACACACACAGGAAGACCAAUAACACUUCACCUUUGGUUCUUUAUGAUGUGAUAUCAAUGUACGUUGAUAUUAUAGGUGACAUUUAUGGUGUUUGCUGCACUGCAGAAGCAGUCCAGACCUCCCACUGUAUACUUGACAGAUUUUUUUCUCGCAAAAUCAUCGUACCAAUACUCUUUUUUUUUCUUUUUUCUUUUUUCUUUUUUUCUUCUUUUGUUCAGUUAAUUUUGUUUGUUGCUGGAGUCCAAAAUAAUGAAUAUCACCAUAUACGAUUUCACUGCACAGAGAUAGAUUCUGGUGUAAUUCAUUCAGUGGCCAAGCAGGGGCAGCUGUGUGCACAUACAAUACUGUAUGUCGUUUCUUAAAAUACAGAAAUGAUUAGGCAUUAGGUGUACUUAUAUUUACUCACCUGUUAAAAAUCUCUUUUUUUUUUUUAACAAUAAUGUUAAAGACAAUCUUUACUAAUGGUUUGUCUUUUUAUUUUCACAUUCACUGUCAGGCUCAUAGUUCUCCAGUUGAAUUACAAUACAUUGUACAUGUGAGAGAAGCAACUCUCAGUUUGUCAUUCACCUGUGGAAACUUGUUUUAAAAAUGUUCAGUAAAUGAACCCCUAAUUGUACAAGCAGGUAUUUACUGCAAAAAAGCAGGUUUCUUUUUGUUUCAUUUUUGGUGGAUAGAUCGGCUUGUUUUUUAGCAUUCAAAUACGUCUUUGUAUCAUGUGUUUACAUUGUAAGGGUUACAUACAGUAUAUCCUUUGUGUGAUGUGAUAGUGUAAAUAUUCCAAUAGUUGAAUUGCUGCUAUCAUGGCUCAGUUUGUUUCAUCUGUCUAGCAUAAUAAAUGAUUUGUUACCCGUC